AUGAACCGUUCUUUCAUCAGAUCCUUAACCUCAUCCACCAGAAGAAUGUCUAAACUCCAAUACGUCAAAAGUGAUGGUGCUCCACCACCAGCGGCUGCUUAUUCUCAUGCUAUCAAAGCCAAUGGUAUGGUUUAUGUUUCUGGACAAAUUCCUUAUACUCCAGAAAACAAACCAUUGGAAAAUGCUUCUAUUGCUGAUGAAGCUGAAAGAAUUAUCCAAAAUGUUAAAUCAAUCUUAGAAGCUUCUAACUCCGAUUUAAACCAUGUUGUCAAAAACACCGUAUUCUUGACUGACAUGAAAGGACAAUUUGCUGAAUUCAAUUCCGUUUACGUUAAGUACUUCAGUGAACAUAGACCUGCCAGAUCAUGUGUCGCUGUUAAGGAAUUACCUCUAGGAGUUAGAAUGGAAAUGGAAUGUAUUGCUCUUGAAAAAGAUUCUUCCAAAUUAUAA